AGAAAUAAAAUCCAAAAUUCUAAAGGCGCUUAAACUGGCAUUCUCUCUUAGACUAUCAGCCUCUGAAAUUCCCUACACUUUAGCCAUUAGGGUUUUCCAGAUUGUACAAAUUGAGAGCUCGCUUAAUCCCCAUCUUUUUAUCUUUUUAGGAAAAAUAACCUAUUUUUGGAAUCUUUGAUGGAUCGUCUACGUCCGAGACAGAGACCAGUCUUCUCUGGAUUUACAAAAGCCGAGAUUGAGAAGAUGGAAAAAUUGUCAGUGGAAUCAAGGGACCUGCUGCAUAGUAAGGAGUUUUGUCAAAAAAUUGCAAGAAGUUUCAGUUCAUCCUCGGCUCGUGCCGGAAAACCUAUUGUUAAAUGGACCGAGAUACAAAGCUGGCUCGCAUCUAGGCAGCAGGAAAGCACAUCCAAAGUUCCUUCCUUUACUGAUGAUACAUCCGGAAAUGAGUCCUCAAUACUUGAAACAUGCCCUCUAAACAAUGGACCUCAAAGUUCUCAAACUCUUAAAGGAGUGGGUUCACAACUUGGAGAAAAGAUCCCUGAUCUAUCAGAACUAAAAUUCGAGGCUAAGUCAUGUAAAGAUGGAGCAUGGUAUGAUGUUGACAUGUUUCUCGGUCACCAAUUUCUAAGUUCUGGUGAAGCUGAAGUUCGGGUCAGAUUCGUUGGAUAUGGAGCUGCGGACGAUGAAUGGGUUAGUGUAAAAAAGGCAGUACGAAAGCGAUCCAUCCCAUUUGAGCAUUCUGAAUGUAAUAAGGUGGUCGUUGGAGAUCUCAUAUUGUGCUUGCAGGAGAGAGGGGACCAAUCAAUUUACUAUGAUGCACACGUCGUAAAGAUUGAUCGGAAAAUGCAUGACAUACGAGGUUGCAGGUGUCUGUUUUUGAUCCGAUACAAUCAUGACAACACGGAGGAAAGAGUUCGAUUGGAGAAACUAUGUUAUAUUUCGCGUCAACGAAUUAAGUAGUUUGCGGAAUGCUUCCAAACUUUUACUUGCCCUGCAGCAACCGGUUUUGUAGUUUUUAUUUGGGAAGAAGGUAGAUCAAUUGUGAUUUUACGAGCAAGAGAAAUACUACUUGUAUGUAAAUCGGCAUCAUUGAAACCAGUCAGGGAUUAUCUUCAAUGUUA